UUAUAAAGGAUUUCUUUUUGUGUACGAGAAUCAGGCUAUCUAUAAAUGAGUUGUUGACGUCAUACUUCAAGAUCGGUUUCAAGAAUGUUGUUUAUGGUUCAUCAUGAAAUUAUCAUUAGGAACAUGCAGAAUCUGUAGGGGCUGAGUAUGAACUGUGCGAUGUCACGGCUUAUUCGGAUAGGCCUCCUUGUCUUGCUCGUCAUGAUGAUGGGAUGCCAUGGCAGACGGUUAAAAAAGAGGCGUGUGUUUCCACAAAUCUGCCUGUCCACGUCCGACUGUACGGGUUUGAACCAGGUGUGUGUCCGAGCCUUUUCCGGAUACGGUCACUGCGUCUCCAGAACUGAUAUGCCGAACCCGCCAAACAUGGACGAGCAUGAGAAGGACGACACCUACGUGAAGAUAGACGAGGGCUUCGUGGAAGGCCUGGGAGAGCCGGUGGUGUCAGACGACCCUGACCAGCCCCCAAGCAGACGCAAACGAGAAGCCAAUGGCAUAGAGCACGAUGUUGACGAUGCCGGCCCACCGAGUCACCGGAAGAGGAAUUUAAAUUUUAAGAAGAAACGGUCACUUGGUAUUAAUUCUGAAGAAUUGGCUGCGUCUUUUAGUAACAUGCUGCAGAAGGACAGCACGGGGUUCUACAGAGAUCUGGACGUCGCCAUAGACAAACUUGAGCAUCUGAUUAAAGUCGACAGCAGAAUCCCGUUACCAGGGCGCACCAUCCGUUUCCAAGAAGACGAAGGUGCCGAUGACAUCAACACCCACAUCGAUGUGAAUGUCGUCCGCAAACUUCCUGCAGUAAGUUCCAGAGAUACUGAUGUAGCAGACGAUCUUCGACAAUUCUUCGAUGACAUGGACAGGCUCAAGGACCAAAUAGUCAACAGGGAUGAACAGGAACCGAGGUGGUCUGAUUACAAGCCAGAGUCUGUGAAUCGUCAGUUGCCAGCCGUUGGGAGUAUCCAGAUAACAGGCUCUAGGAAUCAGCAAGCAUCAGGCUCACAUAAUGCUGGAACGCCAUCUGGCUUUGAGAAUGAGCAGGUAACAGGUUUUAGGGAUAAACAAGAACCAGACUCGGAUAAUAAUGAAACACCUGUUGGUUUUGAGAAUGAUCAAGAAGAAGAAGGCUUUAGGGAUAAGCAAGCACCAGACUCAGAGAAUGAUGAAACACCAGACGGUUUUGAGAAUGAUCAAGAAGAAGAAGGCUUUAGGGAUAAGCAAGCCCCAAGUUCUAAGCAUGCGGCGGAACCAGGGUUUGACAAUAAGCCGACACAAGGCUCAGUGAAUAGGCAGGCACCAGGAUCACACAAGAUGAAGUCACCAGUGACAAGUGGUACAGAACUGGAUCAGAAGAUAGAAGCUACUACUGCUGCUAAAACGUUAACAGCUAGUAUCCCAGACAGUGUCAUUAUUACUGGACAUCAUCCUGGCCUGGAAAAAAUGAGCAAAAAUAAUGUUGGCCAGCUAAAGGCGACGAUAAAGAAGAAUGAGAAGGACAACCGCUUGAGAUACACGGGUCGUAAAAGAGGUCAUGGCUCAACAGGAGGAACAAUUAGAGGCAAGGGAGAUACCAAGAAAGCAGAAAGUGUUGGCGAGACCAGCAAAGAGAAGGAUUUCACCAAAGGGCAACUAACGGCUGACGUACACGAAAAGAACGAAGAUCACAGUAAGGAAAGUCGAAGGAAGUCCGGCACAGACGUACGUCUAAACAUGAAACAUAAACUUAGCCGGAAUCAAUAUAAACUUCACAAAACUGCAAAUCACGUGAAUGAACGUGGAUACAAAGUCACCAAGAAAGAAUAUAGUGGCUCCAUAGAAACAGAUCUCCGUGGAAACAGUAGGGAAUUUGAUGACACCAACAUAGAGAAAGAAAUAAGCAGACAGAAACCUAAAUUAGAAGUAUUGGAGUUGAAAAAGGAACAUAAGUCUAGGGGAAGUGGCAGAAAUGGCACCAAUAAGUUGGUUCAAAACUCUGAGAAUAUCAAAGGAAAGUCAACUAUACAUCGAUACAAGCUUGACAAGAUCGCAGGUCGGAAAACUAACUACGGACGUAAAGUUACUGAACAUUCUCGUAUUGUUGAGGAACAGAAAACUGAUGAAAUCGAGGACAACAUUUAUGAACAACGCGUUGGCAGAACUAAAUGGGAUGCUUUGGAAAAUGGAAUUGGUGGGGAAGGAGACCAGGCGAUAAGAAGUGCCAGCAAGACUUCCAUAAGUCGAACAGCUGCAGGACAGGACAGUGAGGAAGAUGAAAGCCUCGACGAUUCGUCAGGACGUGGAAGCGAUCCCACGGAACGUGCCGAAGAAGAGAACGAACGGCAUAGAGGUGACGUCACUGAAGGUGUCCACCGUACUGCAGAGGAACGAGAAGAGACGGGUCGCGAAGCUGAGAGUUCGGGGCGUCCAGGUUCGAGCAUCGAGAACGUAGACAUGGCCGAGGAACUAGAAUUAGCUGAAGAAUUCGAGAAGAACUAUCGAUUCAAUGAGCUUGCGGGUAAGACCGUCGAGGACGAUUUCAGUCCUGCUGGAGAUGGCGAGCAGCGGGAUGUGGAGUAUGGAACAGAGUACGAGGACAGUCCAGGGAUGGGUGGAACCGCCGGGAACAACAACAAUAUGUAUUCUCUGGAAGACGAUGGAGAUGAUGAUGACUUUGAUAGGAUGGGAACCAGCGAAGAAAAGAAUAAAAUUAUUGCAAUCAUACAAGAACAGUAAAGGUUUCAAUAUGGAAGUCCUAUCAUUACGUAUUCCUGAACACCGUGGGAAGAUAGAAGAAAAAGUAUAAUUCAGAAAUAAUGCUAAUGUGGUGAAGACACCCUCCCCCUCCCAUCCCCCGGUCUUCAAUUUUGAACAUUGGGAUAUUGUUAACUUUACUGUUACCAAUACUUUAUUUUGUUAACAUUACCUCCAUCAAUACUUUAUAUUCUUAACAUUACCCUCAUCAAUAAUUUAUAUUGUUAACAUUACCCACAUCAAUACUUUAUAUUGUUAACAUAACCUCCAUCAAUACUUUAUGGUGUUAACAUUACCUCCAUCAAUACUUUAUAGUGUUAACAUUACCAUCAUCAAUACUUUAUAUUGUUAACAUUACCCUCAUCAAUACUUUAUAUUGUUUACAUUACCUUCAUCAAUACUUUAUAUUGUUAACAUGACAUCCAUCAAUAUUUUAUAGUGUUAACAUGACCUCCAUCAAUAGUUUAUGUUGUUAACAUGACCUCCAUCAAUACUUUAUAUUGCUAACAUGACCUCCAUCAAUACUUUAUAUUGUUAACAUGACAUCCAUCAAUACUUAAUAUUGUUAACAUGACCUCCAUCAAUACUUUAUAUUGUUAACAUGACCUCCAUCAAUACUUUAUAUUGUUAACAUGACCCCAUCAAUAUUUUAUAUUGUUAACAUGACCUCCGUCAAUACUUCAUAUUGUUAACAUGACCUUCAUCAAUACUUUAUAAUGUUAACAUUAGCUACAUCAAUACUUUAUAUUGCUAACAUUACCUCCAUCAAUACUUUAUAUUGUUAACAUUACCUCUAUCAAUACUUUAUAUUGUUAACACUAGCUACAUCAAUACUUUAUAUUGUUAACAUUACCUCCAUCAAUACUUUAUAUUGUUAACAUUACCUCUAUCAAUACUUUAUAUUGUUAACAUUACCUCCAUCAAUACUUUAUAUUGCUAACAUUACCUCUAUCAAUACUUUAUAUUGUUAACAUUAGCUACACCAAUACUUUAUAUUGCUAACAUUACCUCCAUCAAUACUUUAUAAUGUUAACAUUACCUUCAUCAAUACUUUAUAUUGCUAACAUUACCUCCAUCAAUACUUUAUAUUGUUAACAUUACCUCCAUCAAUACUUUAUAUUGUUAACAUUACCUCCAUCAAUACUUUAUAUUGUUAACAUUACUUUCGUCAUUAAUUUAAUAAAUUAUUUUAUAUAAUACGUAUACUUGAUAAACUAUUUAUUCUAGCUGAAUGUAUAGGUAAUUCCACAGGUACUCCGUAUGUGGCUGAUAUCGGGCCAGGUGGGUUCCCGUAACCCACCUCCUUCCCGUUUGAAGUAACCUUUUUAAUGACUUUUGUGGAGAGGUGGGUGUGUUAACAUUCAUCUUUCACAGUAUGCAACAUUAAAUUGUCCUAAUUAUAA